AUGGAAUCUUUGGCAACAACCAUUCGUUUCGUCACGCUGAACUGCCGAACACUAUCGAGUGAACUCCAAGAAGCCGCUCUAUCCAGACUUCUGCGAUAUCUCUGUGUGCCUUUUGCUGCACUGCAGAAAACACGCAUGAGGGAUCGGCCCGUCAUCAGCAUCGAAGAUUACACCAUAUACAGCGGCGAUGCUGAUGAGAAGAUAGAUGUGAGGAACGAUUACAACAACCUGGUGGAGGAAUUUCGCUCAUCGUCGUCCAGCUGCUCCUUUGUACGACUGCAGAAUCGCAGAGAACGACACGGAAUCGGUGUAAAUGCGGAGUUGGGAUUUGAGCAACAAUUCAAAGUGCUAGGAAAACGACAUUAUCCGCCGGAGCGCCUGUCAGAUAAUGAUGAAAUUUGUGAACAGACGGGCCUCACGAUCGCUUCCACUUUUAAGAGGAAUCAUCAGCCUCUACCAUCCAUCAGCUCACGUGGCAAAGGUCGAUACAGUUCGGUUAAAGAGGAACCACCAACCCAGUCGGAGGAGAAGAUGAAUCCGUGCAUCCAAAAGAUGAGAAAUGGAAAAUCUGGUGGAGAUGACGGAGCCACUGUGAACGAAGUCUCUCCGAAGAGAAGACUCAGUAUGAACGCCAUUCUUCUUGUUUUAACCCUCCUUGUUGUCGAUACGUUGUCAUUCGAGAAAACUUCGACUUCCGACUAUUCAGAAACGGGCGCAAUCGAUUUCAAGAGAGUAAGGAAGACUUUGAACAUGAAAAAACACAAGUUCUCCCCUCUUCUUGCAGUUGGUGUUGGCGUAAUGGUGCUCAUCUUUGGGGUUGAACUAAGUCUACCUGCUAUUUUGAAGGGUUAA